CUAGACAUUGUUGUUAGACAGUGUUGAUUGCUUGUCGGUGGGUGGGUUUUUUUUUUAUAGAAUUAAAUAUUAUCAAUCAAGGCCACAGUUUGAUUGGAUUGAGGGAAUCUAGAGAGGGGGGAAAAUUCCCAGAAUGAAGCUUAUCGUGGGCGUAAUGGAAGCUAGAAACAUACCCGCCAUGGAUAUAAAUGGGUUCAGUGAUCCCUACGUGAAGCUUCAGCUUGGGAAACAGAGGUACAAAACCAAAGUGAUGAAGAAGACAUUGAAUCCAAUUUGGGGUGAGGAAUUUAGUUUCAAGGUGGAGGAUUUGAAUGAGGACCUGCUAAUCUCUGUCUUGGACGAGGAUAAGUACUUUAAUGAUGAUUUUGUUGGUCACCUUAAAGUCCCCGUUUCCCAGGUUUUCGGUGCUCGUAACAAAUCACUUGGCACCGCUUGGUAUGCGCUUCACCCGAAGAACAAGAGGUUGAAGAACAAGGAUCGUGGUGAAAUACUUUUCAAUAUCUACUUUUCCCUAAACAAUUUGAAUUGUGACGGUGAUCCUGCACCGACAUUGAGGAAGCAUGAAGACAUGGCUAGUAAUGAUCUUUCUAGGUCUUUUAGUGGUUCAUUGAACUUGUCUUCUCCGCCGAUACAAGACGAUAAUAUGUCUUCCAAGGAAGAGAAAUCAUCUGCACAGAAAUCCCUAGCAGGUCGAAUCACUCAAAUGUUUAAUAGAAAUGUUGACACUGCUUCUACUACAUCCACUAGGGGUACUGAUUUGACAGAGAUACCUGAAAUUUCGAGUGCUGAUAUUGUUGAUAACAAGUCUGAUGAUCAGUCAUCUUCUUUUGAGGAAGCGAUUGAAGCACUGUGCUCGAGAGAUCAGGGGAGUGAAGUACCAAGUAAUUUACCUGGAGGAGUGCUUCUAGACCAAUUGUAUGUGAUUGCACAGAAAGAACUAAACUCUCUGCUUUUCUCACCUGAUUCAAGUUUUCCUAGAUCAGUAGCAGAGUUGCAGGGAUCUACUGAUCCACAAUUUGGGCCUUGGAAAUUUGAGAAUGGUGGUGAGAGCUUGCAAAGAAUUUAUUCGUACAUCAGGGCUCCAACCAAAUUAAUCAAAGCUGUGAAAGCCACCGAAGAGCACACAUAUAUAAAAGCUGAUGGGAAGACUUUUUCUGUUUUAGCUGUCGUGAGCACUCCCGAUGUUAUGUACGGGAGCACCUUCAAAACUGAAGUGCUGUACUGCAUUACUCCUGGGACUGAGCUUCCAUCCGGAGAACAAUCUUCCCAUUUGGUGAUUUCAUGGCGAACAAAUUUCUUGCAGAGCACCAUGAUGAAAAGUAUGAUAGAAAAUGGAACCCGACAGGGUUUAAGGGAAAGCUUUGAGCAUUUCACUACUCUACUAGAGCAGACUGUUAAGCCAGUUGAUCCAAAGGAUCUCGGGUUGAACAAAGAACAGCUUUUGGGAUCAUUGCAGGCUGAACCCCAGUCAGAUUGGAAGUUGGCAUUCCAGUACUUGGCUAAUUUUACCAUGGCUUCCACAGUUUUGAUGAGCUUAUAUGUAAUAGUCCAUAUCUGCCUAGCUGGACCUAGUACAAUUCAAGGACUCGAAUUCGUUGGGCUUGACUUGCCUGAUUCAAUUGGUGAAUUGAUUGUGUGUGCUGUUUUGGUUCUUCAAGGUGAAAGGGUGCUGCGGUUAAUCUCACGCUACGUGCAUGCCAGAGCGCAGAAAGGGAGUGAUCAUGGAGUGAAAGCACAAGGGGAUGGAUGGUUACUAACAGUUGCAUUGAUCGAGGGAAGUACUUUAGCCGCUGUAGAUUCCAGCGGCUUUUGUGAUCCAUAUGUGGUGUUCACGUGCAAUGGGAAAACUAGAACCAGCUCAAUCAAGUACCAGAAAUCUGCCCCCCAGUGGAAUGGUGAAUUCAACAUUGCUCUUUGUCUAUGUUUGGGUUCAGUGUACAUGUUUGCAGAAAUACUUGAAUUCGAUGCUAUGAAAGAACCUCCUUCCGUAUUGGACGUUGAAGUUUUUGAUUUUGACGGGCCUUUUGAUGAACCUACAUCUUUGGGACGUUCUGAGGUUAAUUUUGUAAGAUCUAAUAUAUCUGAUCUAGCUGAUGUGUGGGUUCCUCUGCAAGGUAAGUUGGCUCAGGCAUGCCAGUCUAAGCUGCACUUGAGAGUUUUUGUGGAAAAUACAAGAGGUGGAAACGUAGUUACAGAGUACUUAAAAAAGAUGGAGAAAGAAGUGGGGAAGAAGAUAAAUGUGAGGUCCCCUCAAACGAAUUCGACCUUUCAGAAACUCUUCGGUCUUCCUCCAGAGGAAUUUCUCAUCAACGACUUUACCUGUCACUUGAAACGGAGAAUGCCUCUGCAGGGUCGCUUGUUUUUAUCACCAAGAGUAAUUGGGUUUCAUGCCAAUUUAUUCGGCCACCGGACAAAAUUCUUCUUCCUUUGGGAAGACAUUGAAGAUAUUCAGGUUUUCCCACCUACUCUGUCAUCAAUGGGCAGUCCAGUUAUUGUUGUGACUCUCCGUCCAGGAAGAGGAUUGGAUGCUAGACACGGUGCAAAGAAUCAAGAUGAGGAAGGCCGGUUGAAGUUCCAUUAUCAGUCUUUUGUCUCUUUCAACAUAGCUCAUCGAACAAUCAUGGCUUUGUGGAAAGCCAGAGCCUUGAGCCCAGAGCAGAAAGUGCAAAUAGUUGAAGAAGAGUCCGAGUCAAAAGGCCUCCAACCUGACGAGAGUGGAUCUUUCUUAGUCCUCGAGGACGUCACUAUGUCUGAGGUUUAUUCGCGUGCUCUUCCUAUUCCCAUCGGGUUCGUCAUGGACUUAUUCAGUGGUGGUGAAUUGGAAUAUAAAGCUAUGAAGAGAGCUGGCGGUCUUAACUAUUCUUGCACUCCAUGGGAGUCAGAAAAGGCUGAUGUGUACGAGAGGCAAGUAUAUUACAGAUUCGAUAAGCGUGUAUCCGGCUAUAGAGGAGAGGUGACUAGUACACAGCAGAAAUCCCUACUUCCUGAUAAAAACGGUUGGCUUAUUGAAGAAGUUAUGACUCUCCACGGUGUUCCACUCGGGGACCAUUUCAAUCUUCACCUUAGAUACCAAAUCGAGGACUUACACUCAAGAGCAAAGGGACGUCAGGUGCGAGUAUUUUUCGGAAUCGCUUGGUUGAAAAGCACAAAGCAUGAAAAACGGAUUGCCAACAACAUCUUCUCGAAUCUAGAAGGUCGCCUGAAGGUGAUAUUUGGUGUCGUUGAGAAGGAAUAUACCGCAAGAUAGUAUGUGACUGGCAUUGCUGAUACAACUUCCGAUUGACUGCAUUCUUUGGUUUGUUUUCUUCGGUGCUUGUUAUGUUUGUGAAAUUUAGAUUUAUCCAGAUUUGCAGUACAGCUGUGAUCUGCACGAGUAUCUCACUCAAAGUCAAACCGAAACUUGUUUUUAGAAUGUAGCAGAGUUUAAUGCUAGUAGCGACCGAAUCCCCUCAUCGAAGCAGGCUUUUGAAGUUACGGCCUUCGUAAAAUAUAAGUGUGCCAUGGCUGCUUUUAACCAGAUUCCAGCCGGAGAUACGAGCUUUCUUGUUCUUUGAAUUGUUUCUGUAAGAUUGUUGAUUAUCAUUGUAUUCUAAAAACCGGAACGGAAUUGCGAAGAGCAACCAUUGUUUAUCAACGAGCUGCUGUAAUCAUAAUUUAAAUGCAAUAAAGGAAGAAGAAAUGAUUCUUUUUACAGUG